CAUCGCGUUUGUGCAGAGCCGGAGCUGGCAGCCCGGACGACUUUUAUCCUGAUUAAGUAACAGCCGGAUAAAGACAGCGCCACCCCCUACAACCGGUAUCGUCCUGUACUCUCCGCUUGUGCAAGAAGUCAAGGGCGAUUUAACGAUAAAGGAACACGACUGGAGUACUGGAUGCCGGUUGUCUGAUUAUUCAGAAGCGUUGUCGCGCAAAAAUGAAACAUCUUCUACCUGGAAAGGAAUACUGUCAGGAUCACACUGCACCGCAAACCAAGAAUGUCGAGCAAAAAGCCGCUUAAGAGGUCGUUCAGUUCGAACGCGUUUAUGCACUAUAAAGAAUCUAGACGCAGCGCAACUAAUUGAACAGAACGCAUUUGUAUCUAGACGCGUUGUAACAGUUAAACUUCUUUUUAACUUAACGCGGCGUAACGGCCAAAGACGUUCGUCUAGCACAUGUUUUCACAGACCAAAAAAAUGAAAAACGAGUUCGGCGUGAACGGCCCCUUAUAGCAGUAAAACCGCACUUAACCGUGGCUAAAACAGGGAAACGAGUCGCAACACAGACAGCUGUAUCGUGUAUAAGUGUUCUCUCUUCCUCUUAUGUUAGAGAUCAAACAUAUCGUUGCGAGACUUCGCGACACACGAUGUAAGUAUCCCGUAUGGCUGUUCUCGCGACAAUCUACUAAUGCACCACAGGGCAUAUUCAUACGACUGAAGAUACCGUUAUAUGAGUUAUGCACGGCUGAGCAUGAAUAAUACACCGAGGGGUGACGCUCGGUUUCUGAAAUCGGCCGGGUGCGCGACCAUGUCCCGCAUGACCUAAUUUCAAAGAGAAGCUUGAAUGCCGGAGAGAUGCAACAGCAGUGAGAAUCUAAAGAGACCUUCAGCACUGAAAACAAGUGCAUGUGUGACCUGGACGACUGUGGAGAAAGUCGUGUGGACCUCAGGUGACAGGGACGUGACAUGAACCAUUUACAUGGAAGACUUUCAACAAUGAUCAAGAGCCAUUUAUCUUUAUUUAUUAUUAUUAUUAUUUAUUUAUCUGGUUUUUAUGAAUUCACCACGCAAAUAACUUUCUAGACUUGAUUUAACAGCAAAAGGGGACUCUGCUGGCAUUGACAUUUGCACCUGCAACAGCAUGAUUAUUUAUUACUGCUAAAACUACAGUCAUUUUUGGACACGGAGCCACAGGAAUAGCCUUUGCCAGCUGCGAUCUGCACUUUAACACAUGAAAAGUUUCUAAUGGAUUGAGGAUUUGUUGAAGGAUAAUUACUUUCCUGUAAUCAGUUCUGAAAGCAAUACUGACUACUACUUUCAACAUAGUGCUUGCUGUACAUGUUAACAGUUUUGAGACAACAAUGAUUCUAAGCUCAGGUGAUCAUUCUGCAGUCCUUUUCUUCUAAACCAGAAAAAUUCAUAAUUUUGUGUGUGAACAUUAUUGAGCCAGAGUUACAUUCAGCAAUCAUGUGGUCAUUGCCAUUAGUACGCCACACUGACGUUCCACAGAGGGUGACUGAGAACUUCAUUCUGUCAGGUUAUCGUUUCCCCAACUACAGCCUCCGGCAGUGCCUGGCCUCUGCUUUUCGUCCCACCAAUGAGACUGGAAACUUCUGGACGCACUUCCUCCCUAUCUUUGUGUUUGCCUUCCACUUUCUGGAGGUGUUUGUGUGGGAAGGAGUGCCAGAGCCUGGCAACCCAUUUUUCUACCCUUACUGGAACUACUUCCUUGGGGUAUUCUACCUGCUGCUAGCCAGCAGCCUGGCUCAUCUUCUCAACUCCAUGUCUCUUAUCAUUCGGGAAAUCUGUUUCUUUGUGGACUAUGGAACCAUCAGUGCGUAUACAGUGGGUUCGUCGCUGGCUUAUUACUACUACAUCCACCCUCAAGCAGGAAUACCAGAGAUUGGGUUGGGGGGAUGGAAUGGUUCCCAAGAAAGUGUGGAAGAGGAGGCAUGGCAUUCUACAUCCCUUACCUCUCGUCUGUGGGGGUUCCAUCUAUUUUUUGACAGCCUCUACAUCCCGUCCUCCUUCCUGGUCGCUAUCAUAUGUGUCCUCACCUGCUGCAAAACCAGACAGUGCUGGCGGAAAUACCGCUAUGGUGUGCGCACCCUCGUCUUCCUCCUCCCCUUUUGCAUCUCCUCAACCCCUGUCUUCUACCGCUUCCUGAGUCCCUCCCCUUACACAUCCCAUUCCCCCUCAUCCUCCUCCCCUUAUUUUUUCUCCACCAUGGCUGCCUUCUUCUACCGCCACUGCUUCUGGCUGGUGGUAUCUGCCAUCUUCAAUAUCAGUAAAAUUCCAGAACGUUUUUCUCCUGGGAAUUUUGAUAUCUGGGGUCACAGCCAUCAGUGGUUCCAUUGCUGCACCUUCCUGUCCAUCUUGGAUGAGCUCCAAAUGAUCAAAGUGGAGCUGUGGGCCCUGCUUCACAGCCCAGCACUUGUACUAUCGCCCGCAACACCACCUAGGCUCCCUGGACCAACGCUGUUGUCCACCUAUGGGAUUAUGGUGCUCCUGCAGAUGUGUAUAGCGAGCAUCAUAGCCUGGUUUGGAUGGGGUGCAUAUCAGAUCUAUGCACCAGAGCAAAAAAAGCUGAAGAGGCAUUAGGAAGUGCCACGACAUGCUGGUCAGGUUAAAAACUCUCCAUAAGCAUGAGGAUUUCGCUCUGUUAACAACGUUACGAUAAUGUUGACUCUUGGCACUUUCAGUAUGAACUUGAACAUUUCAAUAAGUCUAAUUUGGAUAAGGGCCACUGUUUAAAGGGGUAGUUCUCCCAAAUUUGGUCAUUAUUCUCUCAAACUUGUUUUUCCAAACCCAUAUGACUUUUUCCUUGUAACACACAAAGAGAUGUUAGCCUCAGUCAAUAUUCACUCUCAUUGAAGGUGAAAUAAAAUAUACUGUGUUCAAUACAAGUUAAGCUCAAACAACAGCAUUAGUAGCAUAAUGUUGAUUACCACAAUACAUUUUUUUGAAAGAAAGCUACAAUCAAGGUUCCAGUGAGGCACUUGAAUUGGCCCAGUUUUGGCGAGUUUGAAGGCAGAAAUGUGAAUCUUAUAAUUUUAUAAAAGCACUUACAUUACUUCUUCUGUUAAAACUUGUAUUAUUUGAGCUAUUAAUUUGUUUAAAUAUUAGUUUAUGCAGAAUUACAGAGUUUACGGCCUGUUGUUUUCACAGUUGUGAAAUUGGAAAUACUGUAACAUAUAGGAUAUAGCACAGAAAGUCUGGUAAGCAAUUUUAUCAGACUAAAAUCUUGUUAACACACUUAUUUUUCAUUUCUUGUGGCUUUUAUUUUGAAACGGUGAGUAUUUCAACAUUUAUAGAUCUAUCCAAUUCACUUCCAUUUUAAGUGCCAUUUUAACUAACCAGAGAGUAUUUAGCAGAGAUGGGACACUUCCAUUAAAAUUAUUGGGAGACAUUUGAAUGCCCAAUGUUCAACGGAUGUAGAAAGGAAGUCCCGCCUUACAGGUAAAAGAGCCAAUUACCUUUUAGAUACAGUCAGCACCUGUCAUUCAACUAGAGAAUGCGCAUGCGCAUUAGCAAUACAAGCUGGGAUUUUGUUUAAACAUUUUUUUAGCGUAAUAUGAGGGAAAAGAAACCAUUUAAGAUACUAGUGUUGCCAGAUGUAUGCCGCUUGUUUACAUUGAAAAAUAGCUGUCCAAGGGCGUUUCAAAGAUGGCUGCCAGUGGACUGAAUUACUAGAAACCCAAAUUUUCUUCUUUAAAGAAAAGUAGGAAUAAGUCGACAUGCCACACAUGCUGUUUAUUGAACUUGUUUUGAAGUGAAAAUAUUCCCAGAGAAUAUUGUUGUAUGGGUUCAGAAAAACGUGAGUAAAUAAUGACAGAAAUGUAAUUUUGUGGUGAACUACACCUUUAACAGAAAAAAAUGCUCAUAGGCAUUAUUAUUUGUCCCAAAUUGUGAAUGUUUUGUUGCAACCUGAUAGUGUAAAUGCAGUCAAGGGAUGUUGCUUGUUGUAUGGGGCAGCCAAGUACUGCUCUUUAGUCAGCUAUAGCUGACUGCACCACAUUUGCUCCCUAGGGAAGGUAUAGUUGAACUUACAUUUUUGUUCUAGAAUGUUCUUAAAAUUCUCAAUUAAGAGGGAUUUAAAAUGAUGGAUCAUUGAUAUUUUAGUAGACCUUAUUUCAUACUAAUACAUUUAUAAUUUAAUUCGCUACCUGAAAUGCUCUCUCUCUCUGUCUCUCUCUCUCUCUCUCUCUCUCUCUCGCUUUGUCUCUCAUCCACCCACUCACAUUUCCUACUUCUUUUUAGCAAACCCUUUAAACAGGAAGUGCAGACAAGCACAAAUAGUUUCAGCCAAAGUGUUUAAAUGCUGAGGGACAUGUGAGUUUUGCAGUUUCAUGCUGCUUUACACCUCUAUAGUGCUGCAUUUUGCAACACUUAUUUGUAAUGAACAUUACAAUUUCCCUCUAUACUAUCACUACUAUUAAUUAUAGAUUUUAAUUAAGAUGUGAGACAGCAUAGGUAGUAAAUGUAGACUUCCAUUUAAAUGCUGUAUCUACUGUAAUCUAUGCAUGGCAGUUGAUUGUAUACACCUUUCUAUGACUUGACAAUGGGUUUAAAGGCCUAGGAUUGAUUAGGGGACUGAAUGGAGAAAAAAAAAAGCCAUAUCAUUGUUUUAAAAACAUAUCAGCAAGUACUGUUUUUAUAAUGAAGGGCAGUUUUGCAGAAUAGUCAAAGACUACACAAAAUGGUCAGUGGCAGAUUAUCAUUAUUAAUAACUUAGUCCAGGUGUAAAUAUUCAAUUAAGUUGUGUAUGAACUUGAGGGUGUAACUGGGCAUUCCACUGGUUUCUUGAGUCUUUAUUCAGUCAGAUGCGAAGAGUUUUAGUGAAACCCUGGCUGAUAAAACUUGCAGUGUAUUUAGUCUGAGAGUAUGGUGUGGUUUAACAAUGUUUGUGAAUUUCUGUGUCAACAUGUCUGCUGCAUGUGUUUCUGUUGCUGUGAAUGACAAAUUAGAAUAAUUGAUGAAUCAGAUGUUGCGUCUGUAAAAAACGAUGUUUUGUCUCUGUCGUUUUGUCCUCAUAAUUCCAUGUCAGGCAGGCCGAAUAGUUGCAAUAAGUGUGAGGACAUAUUUCAUUAUGUCAAAUGUAUUUCAUCAGAUUAAUAAAUUAUUCAUUAGUUUUUCAAGACAUUGAAUUGUCUCAUAGUUCAUACCUACUAAUUCUGUGGGUAAUUUUAACCACUUGUUACAUUGCACAUUGUAGCAAAAGCAUAGUAUAAAAAUCUAGACAGAAUGUAUGGUUUGCACAUAAAGUACCUAAUGUUUCUGCGCUAAUCUUUGGUUUUAAAAGGCACCCGGCAAACAUUUUAAUCCAUUUUAAAAUGUUGAGCAGGACCUUUUGAAUGAAACUUGCAAUAUAAUUUGUUAGACAUCAUGCAGAAAGCAGGUCUGACAAAUGUUAGUACCUCAUUACUGUCUUUACGCUGUAAAAAGAUACAUAGUUAUAGUUCAAAUGUACAUGAGACUUAACCUGUAUCAGAUAUAUAUUUCACAUAUGCUGUUGAAUAUUUUAAAAAGAAUGCUGUAUGUUUGAUACAGGUUGAUUUGAAAUGCUAGUUCUAGAACAGUUUGUUUAGACCAGUUGUAGUUCUCAGGGGAGAAGACUUGCAAUAUGAAUGCACUGUUAACUAUGCUGUGUGCCGACUGCUAUAGUGUGAAUUUAUCAUCAUGGUAGACUUAAGUAGAUCAUGCCAAAAUAUCUUAUUUAUUAAGAUAUAGGAUUAAAUAUGACAUAUUAGGAUAUUUACAGUUUUAGCAUAUAUAUAUGACUUAUUGUACUGCUUGAUUCUAAUCCAAAAUGUAUAUUAAGAAUUGACAACUAAAGAUCAAUAAAUUGAAAUGGU